AUGUUUUUCAGGUAUGUUCGUGCCUUGGGAGCAUUUUACCUGAGGUUGGUAUAUGGUUCCUUGGAUUGCUACAAAUACCUGGAACCUCUUCUUAAUGACUACAGGAAACUGCGCAUUAUGGAUCGCUCGGGCCAGUACCAACUUGCUCACAUGGAUGAAUACAUUGAUACUUUAUUGAGAGAUGAGCGUGCCUGUGAUGUCAUUUUACCCAGAGUUCAAAAAAGAUGGAUCCAUGAAGCCAAUAAUGAGCUUGAAGGACGAGUGUCUCUACUGGACGAUGAUUUAGAUGAUCUGGAGAGUGAAAGUGAUGAAGAAGAAAUCCUUCCUCCUCCAAGACCAAGAAGUGACCCAGUAGAACCAACACGAACAGCACCUAGUAGGGAUGAUCGUCAUGGAAGAGGCCACUCUCCAUCCAGACGUUCCCCACAGCGAGAUUUAAGAAAUGACAGAGAAAGAGAAAAGAGGCAUCGAAGCAGAAGUCGCUCUCGGGAGAGAGACAGAGGCAUGGAGCGAGAGAGAGGAAUGGACAGAAUGGAACGUGACCGAGGAAUGGAUCGUGAUAGAGGAAUGGACAGAGAAAGAAUGAUGGAUAGAGAAAGGGGAAUGGAGAGAGAAAGAGGAAUGGAAAGAGAAAGAGGGAUAGAAAGAAUGGACCGAGAAAGAGGAAUGGAGAGAGAUAGAGGGAUGGAAAGGGAAAGAGGUAUGGAACGUGAUCGUGGCAUGGACCGUGAAAGAGGCAUUGAGAGGGAGAGAAAGCGCCAUCGCAGCAGAUCCAAAGAAAAGCGUCAUCGAUCUAGAUCUAGAUCUCCUGGUCAUCAUCCCCACCAUCAUCGAGAACGUGGUCGUGGAGGUGAGAAGGAACGUGAACAUCGCCAUACGGAACGUGCAGAGAGAGAACACGGCAAGGAAAGAAAUAGAGACCGAGAGAGAGAUCGUGAACGUGGGGAACGCAAAGAAAAACACCAUCGUAGUGGACGCAGUAAAAGGGAUAACAUGAUGGGAAUGAGCAGAGUUGAAAUGGAAAUUGCAGAAGCUAAUGUUCUCAGGGCUCGCCUAGGCAUGCCACCACUCCGCCUUUAACACAAUAAACAACAGGUGUUUCCUCUUUUCUGUAACAAAUGUAUUUUUCUUCUCCUUUGUUCAGUAUCUGUUUGGCUUGUGAUUGAUUUUACAAGUACUGUAAUUGUAAAAUAAAAUGAAGACAAAUGAUUUGAUGUGAAGUAGUCAGAUGUUUCAAACAUUUAUGCAGUACUUUAAUGUUAAAUUAUUGAAAUAUUUUAUUUCUGUAUUCUAAUUUUCACUUUUUGACAACAUUUACUUCAUAUUAGUUUUUGGACUAUAAUUUGUAAAAAUUUAUAAUACAGUAGAUAUAAAUUUUCUAUAUAAAGUGUGGGUGAAAUAAUCUAAUGAAGAGAUUGAAGAAUUUUUUCAUGUAUGAAAACAUUUUAAAAUAA